GCGAUUUCAGUUGGAGUUUUACAAUGGAAUGAGAGCGUUUGGUGUGCGUUCAAUGAAUAAACGCGUUUGUAGGAGAGCGCAUCGAAUCUAAAGUGAGCGGGAAAACAUUCCCUCCUUAAACCCUAGAAAGUUGUAAAUCACUAAGCAUCCCUCCCUGCGAGAGAACAGUUUGUUUGCAGAGACGAUGGAAGGGAACAACAAGAAGAAGAUCAGUUCCAUCUUCGAUUACUGCCACGAAACCGCGUCUCAGGAGAUUUUCCUACGGAGCUGCGGCUUCGCUCAACGAGGCGUUCCUCCAGAUUCCGAUCCCUCCGUCCUCGGAGCCUCGCCGUCGCCACGUGUAAACGACGGAACCGCGCCUCGCGGUGAUUCUGAUUGUUUGAACGAUUACGAGGAGGAAUUGGUGGAGAGCCACGCGGUUCGAUUCGUCUCUCCCCCGGAAAGCCCUGAUACCGUUGAUUCAGAGGAGGAUCGUACGGCUCCUGUUGAUCCAAUUCCUUUGGAGAAACCAGCUAAUCUGUUGCCAUCAUCUUCAAGAUCGGAAUCUCCAGCGAAGAAGCUUAAGAUUCCUUUGAGGGAUGUUGUGAAAGCCAUUGUUAUGAACUCGAGGAGGACAGAGGAGGAAGAAGAAGACAGAGAGGUUGCCAAGAAGAAGACGAGCUGCGUGCAGAUCCUCAUCAAUAAGGGUUUCAUUUUCCCUUGAGGGGUGCAAAAUCCAUCAUGAUCUCAUAGGUGAUUUCAAUUAAAUUUUCGAAUUGCUGAGGUCUAGUUUCUUCUGUAAUAGUAGACGCCAUGGUUUUCUUGUACAAUUGAAUUAUCAUAAAUCAUAUCAGACAACUUUAUCACUCUUCUUAGUUAGAGUCAU